AUGGUAGAUGACCUAAAGUGAUUGUUGUAUAAAAAAUCAUCAGGUGUUGAAGAGCUCCAUGCUAUUGUUGUGUCACAUAAAGAUGAAGUGCCUGUUAUUAAAGUGGCCAAUGAUAAUGCUCCAGAGCAUGCUGUGAGACCUGGUUUCUUAACUACUUUUGCUCUUCCAACAGACCAAAGGAGCAAACUUGGACUUCCAAAAAGUGAAAGUAUCAUCUGUUACUGUAACACCUACUGGGUGGUUCAAGUCAAUUGUUUACUUUUGGUGGUGAGUUUCACAGCCAGCAGCAAUGCCAAUACAGGACUAAUUGUCAACCUAGAAAAGGAACUUGCUCCAUUAUUUGAAGAACUGAGACAGGUUGUGGACGUUAAUCUGGCAGUUGUUUUGAUGUAUACCUUAACUUUCCUUAUAACAGACAUAUAUCAAUCCAGCAAUCUUUACAGACCAUAAUACUUGUAUCCCUGUACUCAAGAAAGGGCCCUCUUUCCCACCUUACACUAAAAAAAGAGCCUAUAGAUAAAAUUUAUGGACAUAUUGUUAUCUUUUCAUGCGUAGGGUAUUUUCUUAUUUAGUGAGAUCUGGGAAUACCACAGAAAUGGUUCAAUACAUCACAGCUCUAAUGGUGUUAGCCAGUCACCAACUACGCAUGAGAUUCUAUUCAGUGGGUCAGAAUCAAAAUUGUACUUUGGGGGUGCCUGGGUGGCUCAGUUGCUUAAGCAUCUAUUUUCCAGCUUAUGUCAUGAGUAAUCUCAUGGUUUGUGAGUUUGACCCCUGCACUGGGCUCUCUGCUAUCAAGUGCAGAGCCUGCUUUGGAUCCUCUGUCUCCCUCUCCCCCU